AUGGGUGCCAAUAAGUUAGCUUAUUGGAAAGCUAUUAUUGAUAGAAUUAAGAAUGCAUUCUCCACAUGGAAGGCCCGUUGGUUGUCUCUGUCAGGUAGAUUACUCCAAAUAAAAACAGGCUUGUCUGCCAUUCCUAAUUAUUACAUGUCAAUCCUCAAAGCGGCUAUUGGAGUCAUUCAACAGGUUGAGAAAAUUAUUAGAGGUUUCCUAUGGAGGCAUAAUAUGUCAGAAGAAAAAAAGAUCUCGCUUAUCUCAAUUCAGGAAAUGGCUCAUGACAAGGGGGGAGGGGGAGUAGGUCUACAUGACUUAUCUAAAAGGAACAUUGCCUUUGGGGGUAAACUUGUGUGGAAAAUGGUUUCCAAACCAGACACUAAGUGGUGCAGAAUCAUGCAGGAAAAGUAUUUGGAUUCUCUAAAUCCUUCCCCUGUCGGAACUACUCUUGAUCCUCCAAAAGGAUCAAUUGUUUGGAACUUCAUGAUGUCUUGGAGGCAAGUUAUUACAAGAUAUGUAUCUUGGGAGGUUCACAAUGGUGAGAGCAUUCAAUUAUGGGAGGACUCAUGGAAUGGUUUGCCUCCUUUAAAGCUCUCAGAGCUUCUACUGGAUGCUAUUCCAACUAUAUAA